AUGGUGGCCUUCGCGGGGGGAUCUUGCACAAUCAAACACACCAUUACCAAUGCAGCUGUCAACGGCGGCUUGUUCCACCUCGCAGCCCGCUUAGCCCGUUUCACAAGCAGCUCUUUCUACGCCGAUUGGGCAGAGGAUAUAUGGGACUGGAGCGCAAAGUCGCAACUGCUGAAUACUGAUGAGUGGUGGGUAAAUGAUGCGGUGCACGCGUCCCGCUGUGGGAAUGUACUGAGCGAGGCUGGAUCAUUGUACAACCUGGGACAAUACAUUCGAGGCACCGCAUAUAUGUACAAUGCUACAAAUGCAGAAAACCCCCAGUGGAAGACAAGGCUUGAUAGCCUGCUGGAAAGAAUUUUCAACACCUUCUUUGACCCCUGGCGCGGCGACGGCAAGGUUCUGGUUGGUUAUGAUGAUUACGGGACCAAUGGUGACGAGUACAUCGCUAAAGGUCUCUUCGCGGCCGACCUGGCGUUUGUCACCAUGCUGGCUCCAUACACGGCUGCCGAAAUUAUUCCUCGCCUGCAGGCAUCGGCUAUCGCAGCCGCGAGACAGUGCAGCGGAGGAGACAACCACAAGAUUUGCAAUAUCCACUGGGCUCGGAAUCGACCUCAGAGCGCGUGGGAUAGCGCUGAAUCUAUGGAAGAGCAGAUGAGUGCACGGCGGUCAUCUCUGCCAGCUUGGUUGUGUUUAAGAACCAGUCGUUAA